AGCGGGGUGGGAGGGCCGGAAAGCGGCGGCGGCGAUUCCGGUGGCGGCGAUGAGCUUCGCGUGGCCCUGGCAGUACAGCUUCCCUCCCUUCUUCACGCUGCAGCCCAACGGCGAGACGCGGCAGAAGCAGCUCUCGGCCUGGUGCGCGCUGGCGCUCGCCUACAGCCAGCAGCAGCGGCUGCCGGCCAUGACGGUGCGGGAGGCCCAGGACAGUCCUCUCUUCGCCAACCACCGCCUGCAGCGGAAGCUCCCGCUGGAGUCCAUCCAGGUGGUGCUGGAGGAGCUCCGCAAGAACGGGAAUCUGGAAUGGUUAGAUAAGAACAAAACCAGUUUUCUGAUCAUGUGGAGGAGACCUGAAGAGUGGGGAAAACUCAUCUAUCAGUGGGUGCUGAGGAACGGUUUGACCAACUCUGUGUUCACGCUGUAUGAGCUGGUCAGUGGAGACGACACAGAGAACGAAGAGUUCCACGGCUUGGAUGAGACCAUGCUGCUCCGUGCCCUUCAAGCCUUGCAGCAAGAGCACAAGGCUGAAAUUAUCACACUGGAUGACGGCCGAGGCGUCAAGUUCUUCUGAUCAGAGUCCCUUCUCCUCUUCCCCAGCUGCUGAGGCAGUUCUCGCUGCGGAGGUUCACCUCCUGGCCGGGCUUCAAGCUGUGACUGCAAAGCAGCCACACAUUCAGGGGGGUUCCUGGGGUAAGGAGAAUCCAUGAAGCCUUCCAAAAAUGUGACUUGUUAGGAACAUCCAGAGGUCAUCCAUCUGUCUUCUCUCCCUGCUGACUGUGUUUGGAAGGCUAAAGCUGCUCUAGGCAGCUCUGAGAGGCACCAUCCAGAAGUAAAAAGUUGUGACUGCUGCUGCCAGUCACCAUCCCUGUGAGGGCCACGGGGCAGCCUCUCAGCAGCUGGUUGAGCUGGGCCCCAGCAGGCUCCUCCUUUCCUCCUGCCUGCUGUGGCUUUGGCACCGAGCGUCCGCAGCGUGGGCAGGCAGGUGGAAGGCAGCACAGGGCUCGCUGUGGCUGCUGAGCUGUGGCAGAUCCCAGGGUCAGGGAUGCAGAGCUGCACAGCAGGGCAGGUGGAUGCUAGGAAUCACUUUGGAGUAAUUAAAACGAGCUGUAUUGCAGAGCAGUCUGCCUGUUCCCAUCCACCUGUGGUUUUUCAAGCCAGCAGUGUGCCACAUUCCUUCCCCUCAGCCAUGGCUCCCUGCUGCACCAGGGGAUCAUGGCAGUGUGCUCAGAGCUGGGGGGUCCUCCUGAGCCGCUCCCUGAGUGGGACACAGGCACCACAAAUGCUUCUUUUCACACACCAGAGCUGUGGAGCAAGAGGGGCUUUGCGGUGUGGCUUCAGGGCAUUGUGCACUUCCAUUUUCCACAUACAGCCCACUGACAGCCCACAGGCUCUGGGCAGCAGCAGCUGGCAGAGGCUUCCAUUUAAGUUUUCAGAUUCUCAGCACUGGUUGCUAAGUGCCCAGAAAACUUGUCAGGAACCACAGCCCAGGGGCAUUCUUUGCCCUCUCAAUCCGUGCCUGCUGACUGGGAGGCCCUGCUGGGACAGACCACACUCCGCUUUCCCACUUUGCCUGAGCAUUCAGCUUGCUGCAGGCAGAGGUGGGGUCCUACUGGGACAACUCAUGAUCAGAUUGAGUGGUGGUGUUGUCAGGAUCUAGCAGAGCAGGUGUGCCUGCUGCUUGGCACCUUGCGCUUGCACCCAGUCGAUGCUGAACAGAUCCUCCUGCCCUUGGGGGAUGACCUGGCACUGGUUCAGCUGCAGUGCUGCUGACAGCUGCUAUCAACUGUGGGCAAUGGUUGAGAUGUUGGAGUCCAGGCUGAGUUUGUGGCACCUGGAGAUGAGGAGAUUUCCUUUUUGGAGCAGGAGCCCUUUGGCUUGAGCUCGGUGGGAUGUGCUGGCUUGAUCUGAGCACAUCCCUCGAGCUGAGGGCUGGUGCCCAGGGCUCUCUGUGCUGGUGCAGCAGUGCUGCUCUGCUGGACAAAGGCACUGGUGGAACUUGUGCCUAGUCACUGACAGGCUGAGCUAUUGCAGUCUCCAGUGCUUCCUGGACACCACUAUCCCUGCGAGCACUGGGAUUUCUUCCAUGAGCCAAGGGGCUGGCACAGCCUGUGGUAAGUGUGGCAGCCCUGAGCAUGCCAGCCUGCUCCCUCUGGAGCUGCAGGGGCAGUCUGGGCUGGUUUCUGAGGCCCCGUUCUGGUGUGUUCUGCCAGCCUGGGCUCAGUCCCCACCCAAGUCAUGGGGUUUGAGGGCAGAGGUUGGAUGUGGCAGCCCUGGGGUCAGGGGUGCUAGUGAUGCAGAGCUGGCUUGGUGGCAUCUUGCACUGUCUCUGGGAAGUGUCUGAUGGUGGCAGAGCAAGCCCAGCUUCCCUGUGGUUGCUGCCAGUCACAUCUGCAGAAGGGAAGGCUGUGCCAUGCCAUGUGCUGGGAGCUCCACAGCAUGUUUUGGCAGAGGCAGUGCCUGUGUCUCUGCAGCUGGCACAGGCUCUGCUCAAGCCGGGGCUCACUGGUUGGAUGAGGAACCUCCCUCUGUUUCCAGCCAGGAAAGUCUCUGCAGGAGUUGUCCACCACCAGUCUCUGCCCUGGGCUUGUUUUGAUGUCCAAGAUCUGACGCUUCCUGCCACCCGAGGGACUCCUUCCCACUCUGGUUGCUGUGUCUUCCCCUCCUGCUGCUGUCACACCCCAGCAGUGAGCUGUGCUCUGUGCUGGCUGUUGUGUGCCUGAUGGCAGCUGGGUUUGAUCCCGAAGAGCAAGUCUCCAGCAGCCAGCCCCAGGAUGUUUGUGUUUGGUGCUCUCUGUGUGCGUGGUGCCGGCCUCCCUGCGCUGUGUUCCGAGCUGUGUGCUGUAACCUGGCUGUCCUUGAGGCGAGGCUGUGUUCUUAAUUAAAUUUGUUCCCUCCUUAGGAAAUGGCUGAUGUGACAUCAGAUAAGCCUAAACCCAGCCUUUUUCUUUCCAAGGUGCUCCUGGCAGCCAUACUCUGCCCUUUUUAAGCUUCCCACUUAGUUGCUUACUUAGUCACAGGAGAAGAAGAGUUUGUCCUCCUGAUGCAGAAGGGACAUGGUGUAAAAUUCCUUUUUCCAUACCCUCUCAGAUGGUUAUGAAAGGUCACAUCCAGCCAUGCCUGUGAAGUCCUCAUGGGACCAAGUUCCUACACUGGGCACUAUGUGAGCACUACAGCAGUGAGGUGCCCACAGAUGCUGCCAGUGAUUGCCUGGAGUCAUGGGACAGGCCCUGGGGCUGGAGCUGCUGCCCUGGAGGGCUG